UACACCAUCUGGAAAGGGAACCACAUUUCACUGUGAUGAGCCUGAUAUGUAUUUUCUGAAAAUGGAAUGGUUCAUCCAUUUAUUUUGGAUUCCUUUAAGUAAAAUGCUGCAUGGGAAGCUUUUGUUAUUUGCCUCUAAAGUGCAUUACAUCCAGCUAAGUAAAAUGAUUUGUGUUUUUUGUGAAGAGAAACGGUAGCCCCGUGGGGCCAAAACACACGACGCGGACACACGGCCAAGCAGACUUCAGAAGCAAGCCGUCAGAGAAGCGUCGCCUAGAGGCUCCACCUCGAGCUUUCGGAAUCAUGAUGGAGCUUUCGUUUCAGUCAAUGAAAGUCGCCCACCAAGCCCGGGAAGCAGAUGAGCUGAGGACUGAGACGAGGAGGAAGAGUCUCCUCAUCCUCAUUUACCACCACCUGCUGGGGCAAGGCUACGUGUCUGCAGCUGUGGCCUUGGACCAGGAGACUCUUGGAGGUGUGAGGAGGUUCGAGGUCUGUGAUAACAUCGAUCUGGAGAUGGUGCUGAUGGACUACGAGAGUUAUCACUACGUAAAGUUUCAGAAAUAUCCCAAACUUAUCAGAAGAACAGCAGAAACAGGUGAAAAAAGAAAUGCAAGGAGUGGUGAAGUAAAGAGGAGUCCCUGUUCAGCUGGAAAGCCUCUUCCCAAAAUAAACCCGUCCCUUACCCCACAGUCUGGAAUUGGAACCAAGAGGACAGCUGCCUGUUCUUAUACAAAUGAGAACGUCUCCGCUGUUCUUCCAGAGUUGUCAGAGUUUGGUCUCAACAUUUCUUCCAUUAGAAAUGGACCAGCUGGUGAAGCGGCCAUCAACAGAAAGGGCCAUGUCAUAGACGGCAAGAUAGCUGCCACGGACACAGACCACAUGGAACGGCUGCUGAAGCCCCUCAGUGGCUUUUCUGGAAUGAGUGGUGACAUGAGGGAACUGGCCACAAUCAUCAGCAGGGACAUCUAUUUGCACAGCCCCAACGUGCGAUGGGACGACAUCAUCGGCCUGGAGGACGCGAAGCGAUUAGUCAAAGAGGCCGUCGUCUAUCCCAUUAAGUACCCCCAACUGUUCACAGGCAUCCUGUCUCCGUGGAAAGGCCUGCUGCUUUAUGGCCCCCCAGGUACAGGUAAGACGCUGCUGGCCAAGGCCGUGGCUACAGAGUGUAAGACGACCUUCUUCAACAUUUCAGCCUCCAGCAUCGUCAGCAAGUGGAGAGGCGAUUCUGAGAAACUUGUUCGAGUUCUGUUUGAACUGGCCAGGUACCACGCCCCAUCCACUAUCUUCCUGGAUGAGCUGGAGUCAGUGAUGAGCCAGAGAGGAACCAACAUGGGAGGAGAGCAUGAGGGAAGUCGCAGGAUGAAGACUGAGCUGCUGGUUCAGAUGGACGGACUGGCCAGAUCGGAAGACCUUGUGUUUGUGCUCGCUGCCUCCAACCUGCCGUGGGAACUGGACCAUGCCAUGCUGAGGAGGUUAGAAAAAAGGAUUUUAGUAAGUCUGCCCUCCUUGCCAGCUCGCCAAGCCAUGAUUUCUCAUUGGCUGCCUCCUCUCAGCUCCACAGGACGGGUAGAGCUACGGACUGAGCUGGACUAUUCCGCUCUGGCAAAGGAGAUGGAGGGUUACUCUGGUUCUGAUAUGAGACUGGUGUGCAAGGAGGCCGCCAUGAGACCAGUCCGCAAGAUCUUUGAUGCUCUGGAGUCACAUAAGGACGGAGACAAGGAAAUGCCCACCAUUCAGCUGGAAGCUGUGACAACAGCUGACUUCUUGGAAGUCCUCAGACAUUCCAAACCCUCAGCCAGGAACCUGCUGGACAGAUACACAGCCUGGGAGAGAGAGUACGAGUCUGUGUGACUCACAGGAGGAUUGUGAGAAAGAAAAAAUGGCUUCUGAUAUUUUUGUUGAUCAUACAAAUGGAGCCAGGCUAAUAUUCUGCUCUUUAUUAGGUGAAUAACACAUUUAAGCUCUGACAAUAGCAAUCACUGUUAUGGUAGAGUGCAUCAAACUUCAUGAUAAAACUUUGGGUGGAAUAUUUUGAUAUUAAAAUACCUUUAC